AUGGCCGGCGUGACUGCCGCAGCCGCUGGCGGCGCCGCCACCGCCACGGGGUUCGGCCUCUUCGGCUACAACAGGGAGAACUACAUGUACGACGCCGAGUUCCGCUACGAGCGGUUCUCGGCAGGCCGCGAGUUCGCGAUCGAGCAGAUGGACAUGUACCGCGAGGACCUGCGCAAGCUCUCGGAGCUCACCGCGAAGAAGUGCGGGCUCUACAGCAUCUUCGCCUCCCUCGGGAUGGCGCUCUGCGUGGCCCUCUACUGCGCGGGGCGCCUCGGGCUCCACGGCCCCUCGCCGCCGAUGCACGUCAUGGGACUCUGGCUGACCUGUAACGCUGCCGCCUUCGCGUACUACGUCGUGGCCAUUUGGCUCUCCGUCCACGCCUGCUACAGGGCGAGCGCGGCCACCACCCAGCUCCUCACGCGCCGGGCGCGCGUCCCGGUGCCGUCCCUGAAGCAGCUCGACAGGGCGCGUAGGUUCGCCUCCGAGUUCGAGCAGCAGGACUGGUCCGACAUCUUCCGCAUUCCGUACCCCCGGGCGUGCCCGUCAGGGAGGAGCUCGCGGAGCGCGCGAGCUCGGAGCCGCCGCAGAGGCGGAGGAACAAGGAGUCCUCCUGGGUCCGGGAUGAGUUCGACACCGACAAGGCGGGCAGCGUGUCUGGGCCCACGAAGGCGGCCCCCUUCACCGACCCCGCGCCGGAGCACUUCGAGCUGUACACCGACGUGCAGAAGCACUGGAUCCAGUACGACAUCUACGCCCGCGUGUCGCUGCUGUACGGCUACAUCUCGUUCGUGCAGUCCCUCUGUUACUACGGCCUGGGCCACAUCAACGUCGAGCUCAGGGCUUGGUGGGUGGCCUACGCCACGGCGUUCGUGA